AUGUUGCCAUUCAUGACCCAAGAUUCGAAGGUCGUGCUUAUUGCGAUUGUCGUGAUAGCUCUGGCUUUCCUGACCAAGGUGACACUGUUGACAACAAGAUGGAGAAACGCGCCGCCAGGUCCACUCACUUUACCCAUUCUUGGAAACCUACAUCAAUUGCCUAAACGCGAUCUUCACUUACAAUAUCAGAAAUGGGGACGCCAAUACGGACCCAUCUUCUCCUUGAAGCUAGGGUCACAGAGUGUUGUCGUCCUCACAAGUGGUGAACUCAUCAAACGGUUGGUUGACAAGAGGAGUGGUAACUAUUCAGAUCGACCUAAACUCUACAUGCAAGAUAUAUGGGAAGGAUCGAGGAUUAUCAUGAGAGGCUACGAUGCACUAUGGAAGGUUGAACGCAAAUUGUAUCAUCAAUUCUUGAACAUCAACAAGGCGGGUCGUUAUGUUCCCUACCAGGAUCUGGAGACGAAACAGCUCCUUGUGGAUUUGUUAAACAAUCCAAACAACUUUGAAGAUCUAAUUACAAGAACGACCUUGAGCGUCGCGACAAGCAUGGCAUACGGGUUUCGAGUUUUGGACCCGAAAAGUGACGUCUUCCAGGAAAUGUUCAGAAAUACUCAUGGUUUCUUCGUCAUGGUUAGCAGCAGUAAGCUUCUGGAUUGGUACCCGCAGCUUCGCCCCAUUGUGAAGACCUUCCCUAUGUGGCUGUACCCACUGGCCAAAAGAGCAAAAGAAAUCUACUAUCGAGAAAGAGCACAGUUUCGUCAGCUGUUUGAGGAUGCAAAAGUAAAUUCUCUUCGAGAUGACUCACUGCCAAGUUUUUCCGCAGACAUCAGCAAAGCUAAGGAAACCUGGAAAGGGACUGAGAAUGGUGAACUUCUCACAGAUCAUGCAGCAUCAUAUAUUGCAGGAAUUGCAAUGGAGGGUGCCGCAGAUACUACUAGUAAUACUUUAGCAGGUUUGAUCAAGGCCAUGAUGUUGUUUCCAAGUGUCCAGCAAACGGCACAAACCGAACUGGACACAGCGAUUGGUCCAAAUCGACUACCUACCAUUGAGGAUUCUGAGUCUCUUCCAUACAUGCGACAACUCAUCAAGGAGGCCCUCCGAUGGUUUCCAACCGCGAUCAAUGGCGCCAUUCCGCAUGCUGCACUUGAGGAUGAUGUAGUAGAUGGAUAUCGCAUUCCAGCAGGAGCGACAGUUGUUCUCGCCGUUUGGGCUGCUAAUAACGACCCUGAGCUCUUCCCAAACCCCCGCGUGUUCGAUCCUAGUCGACAUAAAGCGGAGCUUUCGUUCUCUGAGGCAGCAGCUGCACCCGACUAUCGCGAUCGCGACAAUUGGACCUUUGGUGCUGGAAGACGAAUAUGUCCGGGGAUUCAUGUUGCAGAAAGGACUCUUUUUCUUGCUGCUGCACGCUUGUUAUGGACAUUCAAUAUCCGCAAGGCCCGAGAUGCAAAUGGCGAAGAGAUUGAGGUCGACAGGGAUGAAGUCACGCAGUCGAUUGCUGCACGUCCAAUCCCAUUUCGGUGA